AUGGCUUUAAAUUAUGUCAUGUGGAAUGAAGAGUUGGUCCGGAAAACCAAAGAUGAGUUACUCUUAAGAUGCUUAGGGAAAGAAGAAUACAUGAAGGUCAUGGGAGAAGUCCAUGAAGGAAUCUGGAGAGCUCAUCAAGGAGGAAGAAAAAUGUGUUGGUUGAUUAGAAGGUAUGGUUACUUAUGGCCUACCAUGAUGAAGGACUGCAUAGAAUAUUCCAAGGGAUGUGAAGCUUGUCAAAUACAUGGUCCAAUCAGUAGGCUCCCUCAGUCCCCAUGA